AUGAGCUUUGCAGAGAACCUUAUAGAUGGAUUGGAUGUGGUGUACAAACACUCGACAAACAACACAAAGGCGUUUUCUGAUAUCAAAGACUUUUUAUCGAAAAUGGCGUCGGAGCGAAAGGACUAUGAAAAGCGUAUGACAAAAUUAGUUCAAGAUUUCCGACAAAAGAAGAUCUGUGGGCCAAACAGUUUGUUUUAUGGGACCGUGAAAGAUGCUCUUGAGAGUUAUUUGAAUGCCAUCGAAGAAAAUGUGAACACGGAGUCUGCGAUAACAAAUGUGUUUAGUAUGAGCGCUAAAGACCUUGAAAACCAAAUCAAAGAAUAUGAAAAACAAGCAAAAGGAUUGAUUGCUGACGGACAAAGAAUUACUAAAGACUUUGAAAAGCAAAAAGAUGUGUUAAAAAAAGACAAAGACACCUUUGUGAAGUUGUCGAAAGACGCCGACUCGGCAAGCGUCGCUGUUGAAAAAGCUAUGCAAGACCAAACCACUAAAGUCAACAAAAUGCAACAACUCACAACUAAAAAGGAAUCGGCUAUUGAAAAGGCUAAAGAAGCAGAUCAAAACUAUAGAGCUACAGUCCAACUUACUAAUGAGAGACUCCACGACUAUUAUAAUUCACAACAACCAAACACUUUAUCUCAAUUCCAAGCAUUCGAAGAGACUAUUAUUAACGCUAUUAAGGACUUGAUGACUAAAUUCGGCUUGGCAUUUACAGCUCUCCCAGACGCUUAUUCCAAAUUCGUCGAAUUCACAAAGAGCAAAUUUGACGCCAUUGACGCUGACGCAGAUAUCAACACUUUCGCGACAACUAAAGCAACGAAUGGUCAUAUGCCAGACGAUUUCCCAAUCGAAGACGCAAGUGGAAACAUCCUCUUCGAGGGAGCAAGUAACGCGGGAUCACAACCAAUGGCUCAACAACCAGCCUCAUACUCACAACCUCAAAUGGGAGGGGCGGUUUCACAACCAGUCGCUCAACAACAAGAACCAGAAGCCGCGGGCGACCAAAAAACAACGACGUCCACACAAGUCAAAGCAUUGUAUGACUACACCGCGGAGGCCGAAAGUGAGUUAACUAUCCACGAGGGAGACAUUUUGGUCAUCACAGAGAAGCACUCGAGCGGGUGGUGGUUCGCGACGAACGACAAGGGGCAGUCGGGGUUUGUCCCCGAGAAUUACGUUGAGCCCAUCAGCGCCUAA